AUCCAUUUCUUAACUCCAACUCAGCGAUCACACGCAGUAUCUCCAGAAACUUCACAAUUGCACUCAAACCUUCCUGAUAUUUCUCAGCAAAUUAAAUUAAACACACUGUUCAUCUUCUUCAUCUCUAUAAAUACAUACAUACAAAAAUUAACAAUAUCCAAAAAAAUAACAAGUCAAAACAUAAAAGUUACUACUUAAAAUUUGAGUAAGGAAAGAAUUUGCUUUUCUUAAGGAAAAUUUUUGUAGAGAAAAAAUGGCAAGCAAGGUAUUAACAUGCAGUAAUUCUCCAUUUGUUGUUACAAGCAAAGGUUGUUCUAACAAACUAAGUGGUGGUUUAGGCCCAUGUUCAGUGGUUUUUCCAGUACUUAAACAACCUUGUUUACGAUCACGUAUGCGUAUGGUGGUAAAUGCGCAACAAGGUAAUACUGGUGGAGAGAAUCAAGAGGGUAGUAAUAAUGUUGAUGUUCAUGUGCAAAUGAGCAACAACCAACAGUCCAAUGCCGUCAACCGCCGCCCUCGAAGGCUUGCACUAGACAUCUCUCCUUUUGGACUUAUCGACUCAAUGUCUCCGAUGAGAUCAAUGCGUCAAAUGCUAGACACAAUGGACCGCCUCUUCGACGACACAAUGACAACCCCAGGUACAAUGAGCGAGAUGCGGACUCCAUGGGACGUCAUGGAAGACCAGAAUGAGUUCAAGAUGAGGUUCGACAUGCCAGGACUCUCGAAAGAAGACGUCAAAGUAUCGGUCCAAGACGACAUGCUUAUCAUCAAAGGAGAGCAAAAGAAGGAUGAAGGAGAUGAUGAUGCAUGGGGUAAAAGAAGUUAUAGCUCUUAUGAUACUAGGCUUCAAUUGCCUGAUAAUUGCGAGAUGGAUAAGAUUAAGGCCGAGCUUAAGAAUGGUGUGCUUUAUAUCUCACUUCCUAAGGCUAAGGUUGAACGUAAGGUUAUUGACGUGCAAAUUCAGUGAACAAAAAUGUCUUCAGUAGUUGGAUUAUCCGAAACUAGAUGGAGUUAAUAUGACUGUGUGUAUGUAUCGUCAGUAUGUAUGCAAGUAUGUGUAGUAGCUAGUUAAUUAAGUUGUACAAUAUAUAAUGAUAAAAUACAAGCAUUUUUUAGGAUUUGGUA